CAUCAAUAAUGGCGGAUUGUCUGAAUGAAAGUUUAAGGAACACAGUGUCUACAAGUAAAGUCCUGGUUGUAGGAGCUGGCGGUAUAGGCUGUGAACUGAUUAAGAAUUUAGUAUUGACCGGAUUCAAGAAUUUAGUCAUAGUUGAUUUAGACACGAUUGAUGUGAGUAACUUAAACAGGCAGUUCCUUUUUCAAAAGGACCACGUUGGGAGGCCAAAGGUUGAGGUAGCUCGUGAGAGUGCUCUUGCUUUCAACCCAACAGCAACCAUCACUGCCAUCCACGACUCAAUCCUAAACCCUGAAUACAAUAUCUCCUUUUACAAGCAGUUUGCAUUAGUAAUGAAUGCUCUAGAUAAUAAAAAGGCGCGUAAUCAUGUCAAUCGUCUUUGUUUGGCGGCUGGUAUUACACUAGUCGAGAGUGGGAGUGCUGGCUAUUUAGGGCAAGUAACAGUGAUUAGAAAGGGAGCUAGCGAAUGCUACGAAUGUCAACCCAAACCUGCUCCAAAGACCUUCCCUGGCUGCACUAUUCGCAAUACUCCAUCAGAACCUAUUCAUUGCAUUGUAUGGGCCAAACAUUUAUACAGUCAACUGUUUGGUGAGCCUGAUGCCGAUAAUGAUGUAUCGCCUGAUACUGCUUUGGAAAAUGGUGAAGUGAUGGAAGCAGAGAAUGAGGUAGUUCAGAGAGUGUCAACCAGACAAUGGGUUGAAUCCAAGGAAUACAAUCCAGAGCAAGUCUUUGAGAAAUUAUUUGUGUCCGAUAUUGAGUAUCUGCUGUCUAUGGAGAAACUCUGGCAGACAAGGCAACCACCGAUGCCACUAAAAGCUGAGAGUUUGCUAUCUAGCAGUGAUGAGAAUGAUCGAGACAUGCUACUCCCUGAUCAAAGGAUAUGGAGUGUUGCUGAGUGUGUGAAAGUAUUUAUGAAAAGUUUGCCAGUUUUGAGAGAGAGACAGCUCAAAGAAGGAGAGCUUAUUUGGGACAAAGAUGAUCACAAUGAUUUGGAUUUUGUGGUAGCAACAGCAAAUCUUCGGUGCCACACAUUUGGUAUCCAGCUAAAGAGUAAAUUUGACAUCAAGUCUAUGGCUGGCAAUAUAAUUCCUGCUAUUGCUACAACGAAUGCUGUAAUAGCUGGUCUCAUUGUAAUGGAAGCACUGAAGAUACUAGAUGGACAAUUUAAUAAAUGUAAAACGACCUAUCUUCCCAAAAACCCAAAUCCUCGAAAAAGACUCCUCGUCACUUGCCCACUUUUGAAACCAAACCCAAAGUGUUAUGUGUGUUCACCAUGCCCUGAAGCAUCAGUCAAACUAAACACCAACUCAACUACAAUAGCUACUCUUAGAGACAAAAUUAUAAUUGGUCAUUUUGGUAUGAUUGCCCCUGAUGUUGAAAUCGACGAUGGAAAAGGAACGAUUUUAAUAUCCAGUGAAGAAGGUGAAACUGAUGAUAACCUCCCAAAAUUUUUGGGUGAGUUCAAUAUUAGCGGUGCAUCAAGACUAAAAGUUGAUGACUUCCUUCAAAAUUAUCAACUCAUAUUGAACUUAUUUCAUAGUGACGAAGCUCUUAGUGAUGAAAAGGAAUUUGAAGUUAUAAGUGAUGAUAAUAUAGAUGAAGCAAGGCUUGUCAAAAGAAAGGCCGAGGAUGAUAUUGAGAGUACAAGCAAAAAGCAAAGAACAGACUAUAAUAACUCUCUCAUCCAAUAACAGUAUAACAUCAAUACUAUUCAUCACAUCAUCAUCAUCA